AACCAUUCAGAAAUGAAAGUACAAUCAACCCAGAGGCAGGGGCUAUACAGGAGCGCUGAUAAGGAGCUACAAAGAUGCUCUCCAUAAGGGUAGCCAUGGGCCUGGCCCAUCCCUUCCUCUGCCAAGCCAGGCUACUCUCCAGAAAUACCCUGGGGACAACCUUUAUUGCAAUAAGGAACAUCCAGACUUCUAAGCCUUCCAAGCUACUUUCUCUCUUUGAAUCAAAAGUUCUGGAAAAUGAGCCUGAAAACAUUCUUCCCCCUAUUGACCUUCAAGAAGCUGGGCGUGUCCUGACUAUUGGUGAUGGUAUUGCCCGUGUACAUGGAUUAAGGAAUGUUCAAGCAGAAGAAAUGGUGGAAUUUUCUUCAGGCAUAAAAGGGAUGUCCCUCAACCUGGAACCUGAGAAUGUCGGUAUUGUUGUAUUUGGAAAUGACAAACUCAUUAAGGAAGGAGAUAUUGUGAAGAGGACAGGAGCUAUUGUAGACGUUCCAGUUGGUGAGGAGUUACUGGGCCGUGUUGUAGAUGCUCUGGGCAAUCCUAUUGAUGGAAAGGGUCCCACUAAAGUCAAAGAACGUAGAAGAGUUGGUCUGAAAGCUCCUGGAAUCAUUCCCAGAAUUUCCGUGUGUGAACCUAUGCAAACUGGCAUUAAAGCCGUGGACAGUUUGGUACCAAUUGGCCGUGGUCAGCGGGAGCUGAUUAUUGGCGAUAGACAGACUGGAAAAACAUCAAUUGCCAUUGCAACAAUCAUUAACCAGAAACGCUUUAAUGAUGGAACUGAUGAAGAUAAGAAAUUAUAUUGUAUCUAUGUAGCUAUUGGUCAAAAAAGAUCCACUGUUGCCCAACUGGUAAAAAGACUUUCAGAUGCAGGUGCCAUGGACUACACCAUAGUGGUUUCAGCCACUGCUUCUGAUGCUGCCCCGCUUCAGUACCUGGCGCCUUAUUCUGGCUGCUCAAUGGGAGAGUAUUUCCGGGACAAUGGGAAACACGCUCUAAUAAUCUAUGAUGACUUAUCCAAGCAGGCAGUUGCCUACCGUCAAAUGUCUCUGCUGCUCCGUCGCCCACCUGGUCGGGAAGCUUACCCUGGUGACGUCUUCUACCUACACUCCCGUUUGCUAGAGAGAUCGGCUAAAAUGAGCAACACUUUUGGUGGCGGCUCCUUAACUGCCUUACCAGUCAUUGAAACACAAGCUGGAGAUGUAUCUGCUUACAUUCCCACCAAUGUCAUCUCCAUCACUGAUGGGCAGAUCUUUCUAGAAACAGAACUGUUCUACAAAGGUAUUCGCCCUGCCAUUAAUGUUGGUCUGUCUGUCUCUCGAGUUGGGUCUGCUGCUCAAACUAAGUCCAUGAAACAGGUGGCGGGCACAAUGAAGCUAGAGCUGGCUCAGUACCGUGAAGUGGCUGCUUUUGCUCAGUUUGGCACUGAUCUAGACCCUGCAACUCAACAAUUGUUGAAUCGUGGAAUACGGCUAACUGAGUUGUUAAAACAAGCCCAAUAUGCUCCCAUGGCAAUUGAAGAACAAGUGACAGUCAUCUAUGCUGGUGUAAGAGGAUAUCUUGACAAAAUGGAUCCCACUAACAUCACCAAAUUUGAACGUACUUUUUUAGCUCACGUAAUUGAGAGCCACCAGGCCCUCUUGAAUUGCAUCAAAAGUGAUGGAAUGAUCUCAGAAGAAUCUGAGAAGAAGUUGAAAAAAGUUGUCAACAGUUUCUUGGCUGAAUUUAAAGGUUAAAUUCCCAAAGAUGUGUACAACA